AAACCCUCCUCUUGGGGAAUCCAGAGAAAUUUUCUCUCAGAAAAACCUGAGAGAAAAGCUCUGUACAGAUUCUUUCCCUUCUUCUUCUUCUUCUUCUUCUAAUUCUUCUAAACACCCCCACAUUGAAUUUCGUUCAUAGAAACCAUACCCAUUUCAUUUUUUCUCAUAAAAACAAAACCCAUUUCAUUUUUUUCUCAACCCCAUUUGUUUCUCAGGCCACAAUGGCCAUUACCAGAAGAAGAAGAAACAGAGCACCAAAGGUCUCUGUUUCACACACUGUUUUCUCCUGUUUUCAGUUCUCAUUCUUCUUCUUCUUCUCUGUUCUACUGAGUCCUUGCCGAGUUUCAGGCCAAACAUCACCAGUUUUUGCCUGUGAUGUGGCCAAGAAUUCGGAACUCGCCGGGUUGGGAUUUUGCAACAAGUCGGUACCGAUCGAAGCGAGAGUGAGCGAUUUGGUGAAGAGACUGACGCUGCAAGAGAAGAUUGGGAAUCUGGUGAAUUCCGCAGCGAAUGUGAGUAGACUUGGGAUUCCAAAGUACGAAUGGUGGUCUGAGGCACUUCAUGGAGUGUCGAAUGCGGGCCCCGGCACUCGGUUUUCCAGUGUGGUUCCUGGAGCUACCAGUUUUCCCAUGCCGAUUCUCACUGCAGCUUCUUUCAAUUCGUCUCUGUUUGAGGCCAUUGGAAAGGUGGUUUCAACAGAAGCAAGGGCAAUGUACAAUGUGGGAUUAGCUGGUUUAACAUUUUGGUCUCCCAACAUUAACAUAUUUAGAGAUCCUAGAUGGGGAAGAGGGCAAGAGACUCCCGGAGAAGACCCUUUGCUCUCUAGUAAAUACGCGACUGGGUAUGUUAAAGGCUUACAACAAACAGACAAUGGCGAUCCAAACAAGCUCAAAGUUGCUGCUUGUUGUAAGCACUACACAGCUUAUGAUUUGGAUAAUUGGAAAGGUGUUGAUCGCUACCACUUCAAUGCUGUGGUGACACAACAAGAUUUGGAUGACACUUUCCAACCACCGUUCAAAAGUUGUGUGCUUGAUGGGAAUGUUGCUAGUGUCAUGUGUUCCUAUAAUCAGGUUAAUGGGAAGCCAACUUGUGCAGAUCCUGACCUUCUUAAAGGAGUUAUUAGAGGCAAUUGGAAAUUAAAUGGGUAUAUUGUUUCUGAUUGUGAUUCAGUUGAAGUGCUUUUUGAUGACCAGCACUAUACGAAGACUCCUGAAGAAGCAGUAGCCAAAUCCAUUCUUGCAGGCUUGGACUUGAACUGCGGGAAAUUCUUGGGGCAAUAUACAGAAAAUGCUGUGAAACAAGGGCUUGUGGAUGAAGCAUCCAUAGACAAAGCAGUGUCCAACAACUUUGCCACUUUGAUGAGGCUUGGUUUCUUUGAUGGUGAUCCGAGCAAGCAGCCUUAUGGGAACCUUGGUCCGAAGGAUGUGUGCACAGAAGCCAACCGUGAAUUGGCUCGCGAGGCUGCAAGACAAGGGAUUGUUUUGCUUAAAAACAGUCCAGGAUCUCUGCCUUUUAAUGCCAAGACCAUCAAAUCUUUGGCGGUUAUUGGACCUAAUGCUAAUGCCACCAGGACGAUGAUUGGAAACUAUGAAGGCAUACCUUGUAGCUACACUUCACCAUUGCAAGGGCUAACAGCAUUGGUUCCUACAAGCUAUGCUGCUGGUUGUGCCGAUGUGAAAUGCGCGAGCGCAGAGCUAGACGAUGCUAAGAAGAUUGCAGCUGCUGCAGAUGCAACCGUGCUUGUAGUGGGAGCAAGUUUGGCCAUAGAGGCAGAGAGCCUUGACAGACUCAACAUUCUUCUUCCUGGACAGCAACAGCUUUUGAUCAGUGCGGUUGCAAAUGUGUCCAAGGGACCUGUGGUUCUUGUCAUCAUGUCUGGAGGAGGCAUGGAUGUUUCCUUUGCUAAAAAUGAUGACAAGAUCACAAGCAUUUUAUGGGUUGGCUAUCCUGGCGAAGCCGGUGGCGCUGCCAUAGCUGAUGUCAUUUUCGGAUUUCACAAUCCAAGUGGGAGGCUACCUAUGACAUGGUACCCACAAUCCUAUUUAGAUAAUGUACCAAUGACUAACAUGAACAUGAGGCCUGAUCCAGCCACAGGGUAUCCUGGGAGAACAUACAGAUUUUAUAAAGGAGAAACUGUAUUUUCCUUUGGAGAUGGAAUAAGCUACUCCAAGUUUGAACAUACACUAGUUAAAGCCCCUGAAUUGGUCACUGUUUCCUUAGCUGAUCAUCCCUGCAAAUCUAAUAAUUCCUUGGAGUGCGAGUCACUUGAUGUUGUUGACGAGCAUGAGCGCUAUUGCUCAAACCUGACUUUUGAAGUUCACCUGAUAGUGAAGAACAAGGGCAAAAUGAGCAGUACACACACAGUGUUCCUGUUCUCUAGCCCUCCAGCUGUGCACAAUGCUCCUCAGAAGCACUUGUUGGGAUUUGAAAAAGUGAAUUUGGCGGGAAAAUCAAAAGGGUUGGUUCGGUUUAAAGUGGAUGUUUGUAAGGAUUUAAGUGUGGCUGAUGAAGUUGGGAAGAGGAAAGUUGCCUUGGGACAACAUUUGCUUCAUGUGGGAGACUUGAUGCAUCUCUUGAGUGUGAGGGUUUGAUAUGUACAAGUUUUCAAAUCCUCCUUACUGACUUUUCCCUCACUUUUUAUUUUUAUUUUUAUUUUUACUCUCAUUUCUUAUAAAGGGUUUACAUGGGUGGUUGGGAGAACUUGGAGAUAGUUGUAUUAGAUUUAUCUGAUUUUUUUUCCAAUUAUUCAAAUUAAUAAAUGUAAAAUGCAAAUGAAUUUGUUUCCUUAUAUGUCGUUUCUGAUAUGAUGGAAAACGGAGAAGAUAUGUUUUAA